AUGAACCCUAAAGAUCGGGAAGAGCUCAAUCGACAGGUUAACGGCUUGCUUAAAAAGGGCUAUAUCCAGCAUAGCCUCAGUCCUUGCGCUGUCCCUGCCCUUCUGACUCUGAAGAAAGAUGGCUUAUGGAGAAUGUGUGUUGAUAGUCGAGCCAUCAACAAGAUAACCGUCAAGUACCGGUUCCUGAUCCUUAGAGUCAAGUUACAUUUCUUGGAUUCAUCAUCUCAGUAUAAGGCUUGUCCACAGAUCCUGCAAAGGUCCGAGCCAUCCAAGAUUGGUCAGAACCAUAGACACUGCAUAAAGCACAAGGAAAAGUUCGAGUGGACUCCUACAGCCUCCACAGCUUUCAACACUAUUAAGGAGAAACUCUUGAGUGCUCCUGUCCUGGUUUUACUUGAUUUUCACAAGUGCUUUGAAGUUGCUUGUCACACUUCUGGGGUUGGAAUUGGAGGCGUUCUGAGCCAAGAAGGCCACCCCAUCGCCUACUUCAGUGAGAAGCUUAAUGAGGCCAAGCAAAAGUACUCCACGUACGACAAAGAGUUCUAUGCCAUUGAAUUUACCUUUGUGGUCAAGCACUGUCUAGGGGUAGAGAACAAGGUAGUUGAUGCUCUUAGCUGGAGAAUCCACGUUCUUAACACCUUAACGAUUAAUGUCGUGGGAUUUGACAAGUUCAAGGAUGAGUACACUUCGUGUCCUGACUUUGGCAUCAUUUAUGAUGAGGUUAAAGAUGCCACCGCGAAGCUCAUGUGA